GUAAAGUCUCCUUCUUCCACAGUCCCACUUUUUCUCGACGUUAGACUUGGAUAUGGAUUUGGCUCAUCUUUCCUUCCUUCAUUCCUUUUGCUUGUUGCUCUUGCCUCCAUUGCCAUUGCUAUCAACAUCAUUGCUGAUUGAAUGAAUGAUCGAGUGGCUAAUAAGAGGUGAUGAAUCUGAACGUGGAAAUGAGCGCCAUGAAUACUACUAGUACUGGUACUGGUACUACCAGUACCAGAUGUACUAGCGGCGCUACGCCAAGCGACUGGGACUUUCGAGCCGAGAACAAUGCCAACCUACUGCGGCUUGUAGGUAGAAAUCCUACCGGCGCUACGGCUGACGCCUGUACCCGUAGACUGAAAGAUGUUGACCAUGGCGCUUGUGUUGCCCAGAGCUCACCGUUGACUUCUACUACUGUCAGUACUACAGCCACUCCUACUAGUACUGUCAAGACAAGCAAGAAGAAAAGCGUCGACCACGAAACUCCAUCCAAGAAAUAUCUCUCUAACCCUAAACCCAUUGAUACACCCAAAUCGAAACAAGCCAGCAAAACAGCUAUUACUCGACGGACCGAGGCGACGAGUAAACCCAACCCAAGGCCUGCCACUACAUGUACAGCCACCAACACUACUAGCACCAAUGCCAACACUACCAAUACAACUACCAAUACCGGUACAACUACAAGUAGAUCUAGCAAGCCCUACAAUCCCACCACUGCCAUUCGGAGAGCCAAGUCAGCCAGGCAUUCGCUUGCCACCAGUCAGGAGUUCAACACUUCCAGUACAGCUCUAGAUAUCACUACUAGUACACGUAGUACCAGUACCUCUGCCCGCUCGAAUACCUACCGGAACCAAGACACCUCCAAGAACUCUCGAGACACAGGCGGAGACCGGCCCAUUCAAGCUCCCCAGACCACCUUCAAGAAGACAAGCCAUACCAUGACUAUCACAACUGAGGAAGUCAAUGCCUACAAGAACAGUGCCAAGCAAACCAAGACAGCACCAUCUACUAGUACCAAAGCUUCCUACCCUUCCAACAAGCACGAACACAAACACAAGCACUACAAAUCCCUGGUCGUAGACACGGCCAGUGCCACGGUCACCACGGCUGAAGGCACCAGCAAGGACGGAACACACACCGAAAAGAAAACAAAGACGGACGAUCCACUCGAAAUCACUCCCGAAGAAGUCGACGCGUACAAACGAUGUGCAUUCGAGGAAGACGGUGACGAAGGUGACCAACCACAAGCGCAACCACAAGAUAGGCUUCGUAGUCCAUCCAACAAAAGGAACGAGCUUCCCUUUCGUGAAAUCGUGGUGGUCCAUAAAACAACGCCCGUCGCCAACACCAAACCAAAGAAUCGAGUCUCCCCACAGCAGCAGCAGCACCAGUACCAGCCAAGGACAAGCUCGGAACGUCAGCUACAAAUGGAUAUCCCGCUCAAUCAGACACUUUCCAAACGCAUGAGCUUUCGAAAUAACCAGGCGAACUCUUCCAGUAGUGGCAAACAACUACAGCAAGCACAAGUACAUCAGCGGGCCAUGGAGCUAGGAAUACACGCUCCUGCAACACCACCGCGAAACAAACAAGGAAAGCGGAACAGCCAUUCCACGAAAGGGAAUCAACAACCGCGUCGAAGCCGGAGUACGGGUGGCAACAACAACAAUAACAACAGUCAAGAGAUUGUCUACACAUCCUCCAGGGAACUUCGCGAGGGCACGGACAUUCAGAAUCUGGUGGCGUCGGCAGCCCAUCGUGGUGAAGAGGUGCAAGUCGUUCAUCUCAGUUCCGUUUCCGGUGGUGCUGGUGGUACAUGUAGUAGGUCUCGUAGAAGCAACGGUCAAAGGGCUUCACAAGGAUACGUGGACAGUGCUGGUUUUGUCAACAAGGAACAUGGCGUCGACUUUGUCAUUGAAGAAAAUGACGACGACGACGAGGAAAGUCAUGGGCGUCGUAGUGCCAAAAAGAAAAGCGGCAUUGUUGGGGCCGUCAAGCGCAUGUUCAAGUCGUCCAAGAAACGAUCCUCCGGUGCCACGUCCGUCGCGUCGUCGUCGCGAGGAGGUUCUUCUCAUCAUCGACGAGCAUUCAUUAUUGAGUUUGAUGAGUUUGGUGCUGCAGCGUCCUGCACGCCGCACGAUUUGUCCGACCGGCAGCAGCAUCUGGACAAUCAAUCGUCACGGUCGGAGAAACAAUCCAAACAGGGACGGCGACGACGAAGGAAACCGUCCCGUCACAAGUCCAUUCAAUCCAGUGGAUCGUGGUGGUAGCUAUGCAUGCGAUUUGAAACGCCAAAGCAUGAAACUACCGUAUCAUACAAGAAGGCUCAACCAGAAGCGGGCGGCGUAGCAAUGGACCAGCAAACGUUCACAAGAAUAGAGCAGGGCAAUGAAUCUGAGUGCAUCACCCUCCACAGCAUCACCUCACGUUUUACUACAUUACAUCGCAUUCCUCACAACACAAUCACAUCCAUCUAUCUAUCGUUUGUAACAAGACUCCACCAUCUUGCAAUCACCAACCAAUCAAUCAAUCAUUGUCUCGAAUGAAAUCAUGAAAGUUAUUCUUCUUCUCAAUCGCCAGUUCUCACCUCCAGUCAGCCAGCCAGGCAGGCAGUCACCGUCGCAUCAAUCUUGAUUCGGCAUUGAUUAUAGCGAUGGUGGCUGUCGUUUAGACCAUUACCUGUGCGGUUUGAAUCCAUAAAAUAGAUACGUGUCAUUACAACAU